UCCAGAUAAACGUGGGGGUAAAUGGUAUUGUCUUUGUUUUGUUGUUUUAUGGCAAUAAUAAUUCUUGAAGAUAAUGUUUCGGUAUUUGACUAAAUCGUCGUGGCUUAAAGGACUUAAUUAAAACUUCAGUAUAAGUUGCCUCGUACAAUAUGAGUUUUCUCAAUCAUGCUUCUAAGCACAAGAUGCUAUUUAUUAGGUUGUUGCGAUUUCCAAAGAGUAUAAACUCACAAUUUGCCCACAAUUAUCACAAAAGAGUGAAUAACAUCAAAUGGUCCAGCAAAUCUAAAGUGUCAGGAGGAAGGAACCCAGAUGAGGAAACAUCACUGUACAAAACUCAGAAUUCAAGAAGGGUAUCAACAGAACUUCAGAAGUUGGCUCACGAUGACUUUUCGUCCAAGUGGGACAGGCCUGCAAGACUUAAGCCAUCCUCGGAGGCUUCGGACAAAUAUGAGAUAGUGUUUGGUGUCUCUCCAUGUCUCCUUGCUCUCACCCAAGCUCGCAGGAAGGCACUGAAGCUGUUUGUGAAAGAUGGUGAGCCCUCACACAGGUCCUCGCUUAUCAGAGUAUGCGAGGAAGCGCACAAGCGACAAGUUCCAAUCCAGCGGGUUGGUAAAAAAGACCUGGACAGGAUGUCUUCAGGUCGGGUUCAUCAAGGGGUUUGCCUAGAAGCCACACCACUAAGCUACCUGACAGAAGACUCGACCCCGAGUUUAAACUCUACACCUCUCUGGCUUGUUCUGGACGGGAUUCAAGACCCAAUGAAUCUCGGAGCCGUCUUACGCUCGGCGUAUUUCCUCGGCGUGGACCGAGUGGCCAGCAGCGUCCAUAACAGCUGCCCUUUGACCCCGGUGGUUAGCAAGGCCAGCGCUGGCAUCAUGGAGGUGAUGGGUGUGUACGGGUACAAAGACCUGGAAAACAUGGUCCGGGUCAAGGCAAGCCAAGGUUGGCGGGUGGUCGGUACAGUGGGGGCCGAGGCGCGGGAAUCCAGCGUUCCUGUCACGCCGUGUUCAAAUUUGCGGCUGACUGCACCCACGCUGUUGCUUAUUGGAGGAGAGGGUGACGGAUUGUCUCAGAAGCUUCUGGAGUUGUGUCAGAUGCUUGUGACUAUUCCACCAGGGAGACAACUGCUACUUGGCGUGGAGUCGCUUAACGUGUCCGUGGCUACAGGAAUCUUGCUUCACUCGCUGUUGGCCUCAUCCAGACCUGCAUGACACGCCAACAUUUUCAGCUGUGUGGAAAUGUAAACUGUACAACAGGUUUUGGCAAACCUUUUGUGCUCAAUUGCCUCAUUUGAAAGGGACGGACGGAUAGGCCAGAUCAGGUAUUGAUUUGUGCCUUUUGAAAGGUGAUGGUCUGAUGAUCGACAUCAUGCGCGCCGACUCGAGCUAAUGUUUGCCAUUUUCAGCGAUUAUACAAUGCUCCUCGCAUGCGUUUUCAUUUUGUUUUUAUUUAAUAAACACCUAAAAAUGUACAGUAUGUUAUAAAGGGAUUUUUUUCCCUGCGUCAAAUCAAUUGGCGGCUAUCAUGAGCACUCGAUGAUGCUCUCGACUCGGAUAAUCAUAAUAGAAAAUCACAUUUUCAAUAUUUUUUAAAAACUAAGAAAAUGUUACAUGUGUGAAAAUUAAGUGAAAUUGGUUAUUUUGAUAAGAACAAAAAAAAAUUUUUUUUUUCAUUUUUAUUUUCAUUAACUCUUGUCAAAAUGUGUUUUUUUAUAGGGUAUUAUAAUAAAGGCUAAAAAAUGCGGAUAUGCAAUAUGAAUGUUUUAUCCUGUUGUACUGUGUUUUUAUUCUCACACAACAGUUGAUGUAUUAUUUAUGUGUGUUUAGUGCCUUGUGGUCGAUUAUGUGCAUAUGUACAGUACAUUCUAAGUGUGUAUUAUUCAUAUCGACUUGAAUAGUACACAAGAAGGUAUCUAUCAUGACCCAGUUAAUUUCAGAGUAAAUCAGCGUGUGGCAAAUUCGCCUUCGAUGAACAUUUCUUUUUAUGCAUAAGUCCAAAAAUGUAAGUGACUGCAGAAUAGCCCUUCUAUGUUUUUUUUAAUAGAUUACAUUUUAUUGAUUGUGAUCCAACAACAAAAAAUACCCCCAUACAUUGUUAUGACUUGCUUAUGUCGCCCGACUGACCAAAUUCAGGAUUUAAAAAUGUUAGUGUUUAAGGAGAAAUCUAACAUUUUUAUUCUGGCUUGAAUGUAAAUUUCGUAAUUUUUCGUACCGUAAUUUUCGGACUAUAAGCUGCUACUUUUUUACCUCAUUUUGAAUCUUGUGUCAUUUAGUCCAGUGCGGCUUAUUUGUUGAUUUAUAUGUUU